GGAGCAGGGUGUUGCCGCCUCUGAGACACACUCACGCAUCACAGAGGAACAAGCAGCGCGGUGAGAACAGGGCGUCCCUCCGCGUCUCCUCCUGUUUGUGUUUGAAUCAUUGAAACAUUUUUAAAUUAUUAAACCUCGUCGGAGCUGAAUAGUUUGCGGAGAUAGACACACACGCGCGCACAGUAAGAAAGAAACGCGCACAUCGGGAGAGCGACCCCGCCGGAGAGCAGAGAGGGAGCUCGGUGUGGAAGCGGAGCGCCGGAGCAGUUCAGCACCUCGGACAGCGACCAUGGCGCCAGUGGUGGAGGAGGCGGCCCAGCUCGUGGCAGUGCCAGUAGGUGUGGCCAUGGUGAGUGUCUUUGGCCUCGUCUUCACGGUUUCAGCCUUUGCGUGGAUCUGUUGCCAGCGUAAAAACACCAAAUCACAGAAGACUCCUCCUUACAAGUUUGUGCACAUGCUCAAAGGGGUCGACAUCUACCCGGAGAGCCUCAGUGGCAAGAAGAAGUUCGGCACGGCUGCCGCCAAUACGACAAACGACACUGGUAAAACCGAUGUCAACGGAAACUGCCACACCAUGGCGCCAAUUAGUCCGACUGGCACCAGCAAACUGGCGUCAAGUCCAAAUGGCUCCCGACCGGCAUUGCAUCUGGAUCUGGAGAACCGGGAUCUGAAUGGCAACUUCACCACCAAACCAUUUCACCACCACCACCAUAAGGUGCGGAGCUCCCCAGACCUGGAGCUGCCGUCUCCCCAUGCAGGGUUUACCCAGCCCGGGAUAAUGGACCGCCGUGACCUCCCUUCACCAUCGAGCACCCUCUCCAGCCAGGCGCCCACCCCAGCUGUGGACAAGCCCCACGGAGAGGAGAUGGAGAGUGGGUUGGGAACACUGCACUUCUCCCUGGAGUACCAGCCAGAGAGGAAGGCAUUCAUCGUCCAUAUCAAGGAAGCCCAUGGCCUGACCCCGACUGACGAACAGUCAAUGACCUCUGACCCCUACAUCAAGCUGACCCUGCUGCCGGAGAAAAAGUACCGGGUGAAGACCAGAGUCCUGAGAAAGACUCUGGACCCCGCCUUUGACGAGACCUUCAGCUUCUACGGGAUCCCACUGGCACGAGUGUCAGAGCUGGCCCUUCACUUCAUGGUGCUCAGCUUUGACAGGUUCUCCCGCGAUGAGGUCAUCGGGGAGACCCUCGUCCCCCUGUCUGGGAUCGACUUGUCCGAGGGGCGUGUUCUGAUGAGCCGAGAGAUCAUCAAGAGGAAUGUAAAGAAGUCCUCGGGCCGCGGUGAGCUACUGCUCUCCCUGUGUUACCAGUCCACCACCAACACUCUGACUGUGGUCGUCCUCAAGGCUCGCCACCUGCCGAAGACUGAAAACAAUGGACCCACAGAUCCGUACGUCAAGGUGAACAUGUACCACGGAAAGAAGCGCGUGUGCAAGAAGAAGACCCACGUGAAGAAGUGCUCCCCCAACCCCGUCUUCAAUGAGCUUUUUGUCUUUGACCUGCCCUCCGACGAGGGUCUCAGGGACACCAGCGUGGAACUGCUGCUGAUGGACUCAGACACAGGCAACUCACGCAGCCCCAACAGCGUCCUCGGGCGCCUGGUGCUGGGCACGUCUGCGGCCAGCACUUCUGGCGAGCACUGGAGGGAGAUCUGUGACCACCCGCGCCGCCAGAUCGCCAAGUGGCAUGCCCUGUCGGAGGAUUAGAACCCCCGGAUUCUGGUGUCGAUAUCCUAUCAGGUCCAUCUACGAGAGGGAUGGAAUGAGGAUGUGCAGGAUUUGUCUUGCUCGCCAGUACCCAUUGGACUUUCAGAGAGGGCGGGUGUGAAAUAAGGGGGAGGGGACUUUGAUGUUGUGGAGAGGGUCAUUUAAGAGAUGUCAUCAUUCAAUCGAUCAUUCAGUUGCUUAUCUUUGAAGUUGUUGGGGUUCACUGGGGAAGGCGGGGCAUGACGAAGGGGACCCAAUAGCUUUAAACGAUCCCAAAGACUGUCACCGAAAACCACCUGGUAACAUGCAUCACCAUCUCCAUGGCAACAAGCAAUUGUCACGGUAACCAUGUGCUGUGCAGAAUGUCUUAAAUGUCACUAUUACUCUUCUUCUUUUCUUCUUCUUCUGAUUCUUCUUCUUCUCUUUCUGCUGCUCUUCCUUCCAUGCAUAGUAACCUAGUCCAUCGUAUGAAAACCACACCCGACGAUGCUGUAAAAAAUGUUGACAAUUAAAGUUUAUUUUGUAAUGACAAUGUUUUCCUCAUAAGGAUGUAGAUUGUUUUUAUUUACGGUCUUUGUUUUGUUAUCUUCUGGUUGAUUUAUUGAACAUGUUUUGUAAGUAUAAGUGGUAUUUCAUAGAUCAUUACAGGAAAGCCUAAAUUAGGUGGUUUGAGAAAAGCCCGGGACAGACUGAGUGCAUCCGGGGACUGUAACUGUGGACGCAUUUCUGUGUGUGUUUCGGAAUGAGAGUGAUUGUGCUGGCGCGACUGUGAGUGUGUGGGUGUGCGUGUUAGCUUUGGAAACACGAGAGCCACAUCAUGUUUACUGUAGGUGUUUUGUCCCCUUUACUGUGAGCACAAAGACAGCUGAAAUGUAAAUGUAUGUACCUUACUAUAAAAUAUGGCAAGUUCUGAGAAAAGUAAACUGAAUUUGCAGUCUUUAUUUCACAUGACUACAUGUGACAUAUACACUGUGUCCCAAUUCAGGGGCCACUUUCUUCAGAGGCUGCAUUUGAAGACUGGUUGCGUCACGCGACAGGGUUGUCAAAGGUCAACAGAGACGUCCUAUUACUGCAGCGGGUGAAUCCAUCUCGGGCUUAUCACUGCUUAUCAUGAGCUGGGGACACAAGACGGAAAUUCGAAGACCAGACUUCUCUUUCUACUGAGGCCCCUGUGAAUGAUGGGGCCCCAGCUAUAUUGUGUGUGUGUAUUGAGAACAUGUUUAUACAGGAGAAGAGUUGAAGCCACAAAAUGCAAGGUGUGGACACCCAAAAACUCAAAAUCUAUCUGCAGUGCUGCCGGGCUGUUCAAUGACUUUGGGUCACAAAAGCCUUUGACAGCACCUCCACACAUUAAGAUAUUAGUUUUGAAGCAUAUUUGCAAAACAACUAUCAGGAAAAAACUCAUUUUGUUCCUUAAAGCUUGGCAGAAUGUUUUGGAUAUUGUAAGAUCUCAGCAGCAGCUCCACUCUGCAGAAAAUGUCUUACAAGAUUGCUCUGUCUGAGGUGCAGGCCUCAGACAGAGCAAUCCUGUAUCGGGCUCCUCUCCAAGUCUGAUGAUGUCAUGUCUGCUAAAUUGCUAAGUGCUCAGGAUGAAGUCAUCGUAUCUGAAUUUGAUAUCAGCUAAGUGGUCCCGUGAAGGGGGGAGGGGGAGAUGGGGGGAGGACAGCUGGCUCAGGUUGCUUACUCCCCCCUUUCUCUCUCUCAUACAUCCAGAACAUAUUUUUCUCACCUCUCUCUGCAUCCUGCCUCAGUCGCCCCACUUUCCAUCUCUCCUCCAGCCUGCAGUCUUACACCGAGUUGCGUCAUGUGAUUGGAGGUGGAGCCUCUGGAGAAGCAGGAGGUUCUCUCGCUCUGUUCUUUCUCUAUGAUUUUGGCUGUCAUCCUGUGAAGCUAUCAAAUAAACGUGGACCACGCGUAUCAGCCCUCCCAUCCACCUUCUCCUCAUCUCC